AGCGUUUCUCUUUCUCUUAAUCGUAAAAAUGACGGUCGAAAGCUCUAUCUCUGCAUCAGACACUUCGCAGCCGAACGCAAAGGUGUACUGGUCUCGCCACCUCCGCUCCGUGCUUGCACCACUAUUUGAGGCCGCGAAGACAUAUUCAGUGGCUGAUCAACAGGCUCAUCUCGAAUUUAUCGAUGAGCAUGUGGCACCCAAUCUCGGCCCUCUGCCAGGAGAACCGCACGCUGCAUAUACAACUCCCUCCUCCCUUGUGGGCUCGCCUUUCGAUCCUAGCAUCAACAUAGUUUCAUCCGGGCAGGCUAAAGUGCGGUUCGACUUUGAUGUUGUCGGUCCAGCAGAGAGAGCAGGGCCUGACCCCUUCGCAGAGAAACAGUCGCGCGAGCUACUCCAUCGUCUAGCGGCAGUUGUGGGGGCAGAUACCCAGUGGAUGAACGGGCUUAUGGACGCACUCUACCUCACCCCGGAAGAGAACGAGAUUGCUUUGGCGAAGAUGCCUCCCGGUGUCGCCAUACCUCCAAGCUCUGUGGGCUUCGAUUUCGACGGUCCGAAAAGGACAUUGAAGUUUUAUAUCCCCGGCGUGCGGAAGGGCAUUGCUACGGGACGCCCAUUUGGGGAUAUCAUCCUGCAGACCCUCAGGUCUCUUGACCCAUUACGAUCUGAGCUCACUCCUGCGUUGGAUUUAGUUGAAUCAUAUAUUUCUACCUGUAAACACGAUGCCAUGCUUCCUUUGGUCGGAAUCGACUGUGUUGACCCCAGAAAGUACAAAGACGCACGCGUCAAAUGCUAUAUCCACACAAGCGGGAACUCCUUCGCCGUUGUCCGCGAUGUCUUAACCCUCGGUGGCCGUCUGACUGAUGAGACAUCCCUCAAGAGGGUUGAAAUCUUAAAGACGAUCUGGCCCUUGUUAAUUAACGAACCCGACGGUCUCGAAGCAGUGGAUGAAUCCUGGUCGAAGCCGGAGCGUAUUAACCGGACAGGAUACUCUGGGAUUCAGUACACCGUUGAGAUCACGCCUGGAAAGGCCAUUCCCGAUACCAAGAUAUAUGUUCCGCUCUUCCAGUAUACUGAUAGCUCCGAGGUUGCUGAGCGGAACUUUGAAAGUGUUCUCAAGAAACUGGAUAAUGAAUGGGGACAUAGUGGUAGGUACAGGAAGACGAUGCAGUCCAUCUUUAAGGACGUGGAUAACUAUGGUCAAACGUAUGCUUCCUUCUCGUACUCGGAGAAGAAAGGUGUGUAUACUACAUCUUAUGUUGCGAUGCCUAUCAAGGAUGAGGCCCUAGGGUUGGCUGGGGACUUUGGACUUCGUAUGAAUUAGGAGUUUAUUUGCUAGCUACUCGUUUCAAAUUCUAAUCGAUAUGUCGCU